AUGGGGUCUUCCGGCCAACAUCAGCUGAAUGACCAGCCCGACAAUGAUGACGGCUGGGAGUACGAAUACUCCGCGACAGAAACAGAGACCUAUUACCUGACCCUUGACCUGUCGGUCCGCGACUUCCUCGAGCGCAGAACCGACGACGUUGUCCAUACCACGCGGACCGGAUACAGGGUGUGGUACAACCCUCUUUUCAACGCGUCGGAACCUCAAGCCUUAAACCCAGACCUCCUCGACGACAAAGAUGCCGACGACGAAGAGCCCCCCGAGCGCGAAGAGGUAGAUCUCGACACGGUUGGUGUCCCACAGCCGCAAGCCCAGACAGAGCCCCCAAUCGACCCCUUGCUUGUGCAAACCACCGAGAAGCAGGGGCAAAGGGAGCGCCAAAAGAACCACAGGCCAUCAGAACAAAUCCAAAUAUUGGAACUGCACUCAAAAGAGCCGAUAGUUUCGUACCGCAACCACGUGUUCCGCGGUUCAUGGUGCGAAAACAUUGGCACCGAGAUGAUCUUUACCCCCCACGAUGACCCGGCGCCUCUCCCAGCUCUCCGUCACCUCCCGCAAAAUAUGGACCUACUUGCGGCGAGCGCGACAAGGAUCAACUUCCAAGAGGCAACAUUACAGACAAAGGAACGGGAUAUGCUGUCGGAGGGCGUAUUUUUGGGGUUUGGUUACUCUGAGGAGGAUAUCCCCGAGCGAUACAAGCGAAACGGCGGAAUCUACGUACACAUCGGCGGGGACAAGAGCGGCCAACGACAACCCCAAGCCCAUUUUCUCGAGGACUUGAUUGCCCUGAAACGGAAACGCGGGGAAACGGACGAGGUCACAAUCCAGCCGCUGGAGACGAGGCAGAACAAGCUCAUGGUGGAGGACGAGGAAGAGGAACGCCGGCGGAAAAAGCUGCGACAGGACUACGUAAGGAAUGUGAGAUGGCGCGACAAGAGGAGGGAGGAGAGGAUAUUAGGGCUGAGGUCACCCGAGCGAAACUACGUGCCGAGGAUAGGAGGGAGGCGAGGUUGGCCAAAGAGAGCGAGGCGUGCUGCACUUAUUCGACGAGACAGCGGCGCGCUAUCGCGGUUUGGACAGAGGAUGGAUCGGCCGGGUCCUUCAACUCCAACGCCGAUGCACUGGGACGACAUUUCGGAUGACCAGAACCGGUGA